UGCGCAUUAUCAUUAUCAUUACAUUAAAUUGUUUGAUGGAGCUGCAGAACCAUUUUAUCACGCAACUAUGGAUGAUUACCAAAUUACGUUCGAUCGAUUGUCUCGUCUUGGUAACAACGCGUAAAUAAUAGAUAUUUUGCGAAGGAAGAAACCUUCAAUGCGCUGACCAUAGCCAACAGUUUAUUGACGAGGCUCUUUCGCGCAAAAUGGUCUUUGUUGAGCGCUACUACAAGAUUCAUCGGAUCUUUCUCAUGAUUCUUGGUUUAUGGCCGUCUUACAAAUCGAAGCACUUGAAAAGGAUUCAUAUAAUUUUUAUUUUUUUCCUAUACUGCUCCUCUGUAGUAGUUCAGCUUGCAACAUUUUUGACUGCAGAAUGCAACAUGGAAUGCAUUGUUAUAAAAUUAUCGUACAUUUUGCCUAGCAUUGUUUACAUUCUAAAUUAUAAUUGCUUCUUCUUCAAUAUUGAAUGUAUAAGACAGUCAUUUGAACACAUCCAGUUGGACUGGGAAACACUUGAAGAUAAUAACGAAAUGGAAAUAUUGAAAAAAUAUACCUACGUAGCUUAUGUUUUUACAAUAAUUCUGUCUAUUUCCUUCAUUGCGGGCAUAUGUGCAUUUGCACUAUUCGAAUGUACACCCAUUAUUCUUGACGUUAUCGCACCAAAGGAAAAAUCUCUACCACGCAGGAUUUCAAUACCUAUUGAAUUCUUCGUUGACCAGGAAGAGCAUUUCUUUUUGUACUUAAUAUCUGAGGUCUUAGGGGUAUUUUUUGGUAUCUGGUCGACAAUCGCAACUGGAGCAUUUCUGGCUGCCAUCGGGCAACAUUGUUGUGGAACAUAUAAGAUUGCUAGUAAUUUAAUUCGAGAUACUGUGACCAAUCAUACAUUGCAAAUACCUGUAUCUCAGAGAAUACGCUUCAUGUACCAGAACAUUCGUCGUGCAGUUCGCAUUCAUAUCAGAACUAUGCAAUUUCUCAAUGGCUUACUCUUUUCUUUUCAUCUGUGGUACUUUCCUUUAAUCGUAAUUGGUGUAAUAUCUUUAAGCUGUACUCUCUUUCGAUUAUUUAACGCAACACUGAGGUUAAAUGAUUCCAACGAAGUUUUCAUAUCUUAUACGAUGUUUAUCGGUCAUCUCAUAUAUAUGUUUUUGACAAAUUAUUUUGGACAAUUAAUUAUCGAUCACAGUACUGAAAUAUUGAGAGAAACAUAUAAUACAUUGUGGUAUGUAGCUCCGCUACCAAUUCAAAAGUUGUUCUUAAUUAUGCAAAAAUCUAUAAAGGAUUAUAAAUUGAUGGUUGGUAGUUUUUACGUUGCGUCUUUAGAAGGAUUUACUACGUUAAAGGAAGUUUUGGACCACUUGAGCUAUGAUUGGGAAUUCAUAAGGAGCGAAGAGGAAUUUAUCAUAAUGGAUGACCAUGCCAGCACAGCAAAAAUUUUCACACACAUAUUUUUAUUUCUUAGCAGCAUUGGUAUAUCUGUGAUGAUAAUGUCUCAUAUACCUAUACCGAUACCGACGAUUAUCGAUGUUCUCCUGCCUCUAAAUCUGACCCGAACGCAAGGAUUACAUCUCAUAGUGGAAUACUUCGUUGAUCCGUCUAAGUACUUUACUUUAAUAUUAAUACAUUUGACGAUUUCUAUCUGCUUAGGAGUGAUAACAAUAACGAGUACAUCACUUAUGCUUUUGGGUAUUGGUUUUCAUUGCUGUGCACUGUUCAAAUUAGCAAAUUAUAGAAUGGAAAUAAUAAUGGACCAAAACAUAUUACGUAUUCCCAGUCCAGAAAAAGAGCAGAUCAUUUAUAAGAGAAUGAUUCGUGCUAUUGAUAUUCAUUGCAGAGCUUUUGAGUUAUGCGAGUACUUAGUCAUGAAUAUGCAAAAAUGGUUUCUCGUUAUUAUUGUAGUCGGCGUAACAUCUUUGAGUAUUAAUUUGUUACGAUUUCUUGAAGCAAUAACUAAUUUAAAAAUAGUAGAGUUAAAAGUAAUAGAUCUGUUUCUACCGGGCGCUCUUGUUUUUACUCACUUCUGCUAUCUAUUCUUCAGCAAUCACAUCGGUCAACGUGUCGCUGAUAAUAAUGAUAGUAUCUUCAACACAAUAUACAAUUUGCCAUGGUAUAUAGCACCUUUGAAUGUACAAAAAUUACUUAUAUUUCUAUUACAGAAAGGUACCAAAACAUUCUACCUAUCACUCAGCGGUCUAUUCGAUGCUUCGUAUCAAGGUUUUACAUCGCUUUCAAUGACGUCAAUAUCGUACUUCACAGUACUUUAUUCUAUUCAAUGAAGACUGCCUAUGAGACACGGAUACUUGUUAACUAGUUUGAAACACUUGCACCCUGCUAAACAACAAUGUUAAGAGUGUAAUCCUAUUCACUUUGAAAAACUAUGUGUGUACAUGAGAAAUACAGUUCUAUAGAAAAUU